UCUGAGGCAGCGAUCGAAGUCUGAAAGCUCGAGUUUCAUAUUUCUCCCAAUCACUAUUCAAAAAGUUUCUGUCUUGCGAUUUCUUGCAGAGAAAUAUUCACGUUGGAUCUCUAUCUCACCCACACAACCCGCAUCCCCUUUACUCUCUUGCCAAAAGGCGAUCCUUCCUCCAACAUGUCGGGCAUUCAACCUGUGGCGGUCUACGCCUUGAGGGUCCCUCCGGGGGACAUCAUGGUCCCUGCUGUUCCCGAGUUCGCUGCUAUGUUCCGCUUGACCAUGGCCGCUAUUGACCCAAGCGCCGAACCUGAGGUCGAAGACGCCGACGACAAGCGUGCUCCCCGCGCCACUCUCAAGCUCGUUCGAGUCCCAGAUUCCAUGUUCGACGACGAAGAUGAUGAAGACUCUGAUGAAGAAGAUUACCUCGAUGGACUCGUUGACGGCGAUGAGGAUGACGAGGAUGACGAUGAAGAGGAGGUUAACGGUGGUCCAAGCGAGAAGAAGUCCGAGGACGAUGACGAAGAUAUGGAAGACGAUGAAGAUGACGAGGAUGACGAGGAAGACGAGGAGGCCAUCCGUCAACUGCGCAAGAUCAUGAAGGCUGUCAAAGGCAAGGGCAAGGCCAUUGACGGAGAAGAAGAUGACGAAGAGGAAGAUUCCGAUGAUGAAGCAGUCGAGAUGGACGAGGUCGUCAUCUGCACCCUGGAUCCUGAAAAGAACUUCCAGCAAACCCUCGACUUCGUCGUUGGCGAAGGUGAAAAAGUCUUCUUCAAGGUCUCCGGCACCCACACCGUCCACCUUACCGGCAACUACGUGAUCCCACAGGACGAUGGCCAAGCUUCGCUGUACGAUGAUGAAGACGACGAAGACGACGAGGAACUCCAGGAGUACGACCUCUCCCCAGACGAGGAUGAGCUCGAUCUUCUUGAAGCCGGCGAUGAGGAAUCCGAUGAUCUCGACGACCUCGAGGAUCCCCGCGUCACCGAAGUGGCCACCGACGAAGAGGAAAUCCCCAAGCUCGUCAAGCAAUCCGGCAAGGGCAAGAACAAGCGUCCCGCUGAAGAUAGCGCCGACGACGAGGAAGCCAACCUCGACGACAUCAUGGCCAAGUCCUUGAAGAAAGACGAAGCAGCCCCAGCCACCAACGGCGACGACAAGAAACUCAGCAAAACCGAGAAGAAGCGUCUGAAGAAGCUCAAGAAAAACGACGGCGAGGCUGCCCCCGUCGAGGCCCCUGCCGCAGAAGCCAAGAAGGACACCAACGGCUCAGAGAAGAAGAGUGUCCAGUUCGCAAAGAACCUCGAACAAGGCCCAACUCCAUCAGGCACGCCCGCCGCCAAAUCAGACAAGGCCGCUGAGAAGACCGCUGCCGCCCCUGCUGCCACUAAGAGUGUCAAGGAAGUCCAAGGCGUGACCAUCGACGACCGCAAGAUUGGAACAGGCCCUGCCGCCAAGAAGAGCAACCGCCUCGAGAUGCGCUACAUCGGCAAGCUCGACAACGGCAAGGUGUUCGACAGCAACAAGGCUGGCAAGCCCUUCUCCUUCAAGCUGGGUGCUGGCGAGGUCAUCAAGGGCUGGGACAUUGGUCUCCAAGGCAUCCAAGUCGGUGGCGAGAGACGAUUGAUCAUCCCCGCGAACUUGGCCUAUGGUAACAAGGCUUUGCCUGGAAUCCCCAAGAACAGCAGACUCACUUUCGACAUCAAGUGCUUGAGCGUGAAAUAAGCUGAUGCUGACGCAAGUGUAUUUGAUGGUCAUGUGAGCACGCAAGGGAGGGGUCGCUGUCGUUGUCAGCAACGAUGUCGUUUGACUCUGACUGUGUUUGUUGACGAGUCUGCCACACGGUGAAAAGUUCUAUUACGGGUUUGUCUUGAGUCGGAAUGGCUUCUGUUGGUGUAUCAUCUGCGUUCAGCGGCGUGCAUGGUUCGAAAACAACUUGGGAGGAAUAGCUGUCAACUGCUGAUUCCCGUUGUAUUCAGGUUACUCAGGUAAUAUUAGCUUUCACAUAGAAGUGCUCCUACUCGUCGGAAAGGUCAUCAUCCGAUCGGGCACAAUCAAAAAGUCUUGUACAAUUCCAUUAUCAUUU